AACAAUUAGCAAUGGUUGUUUCUUGUCGUACAAGUUAGGUUAUUGAGUAAACUAUAAAAAACCCAAUCAAGCUCAGUGUUGAACUAACAAUAUGUCUCUCUUGGGUUGAUCUUCUCUGUUUUUUUUUUUUUUUUUUCUCGAUCGCCAUGGAAGACGUCGCAAUGCCUAUCACAACCGAGGCGAAGAGAGCGAGAAGCAGCCGAGGUCGUCAACGGAUCGAAAUCAAGAAACUGGAAGUGGAAAGCAAACGUCAAGUAACUUUCUCCAAACGAAGACAAGGGUUGUUCAAGAAAGCUAAAGAGCUUUCGACGUUGUGCGGGGCCGACGUUGGUGUCCUCACGAUAUCGAAAUCCGGAAGAGUAUACACCACCGAUGAUGUUGACAUAGUCCUCGAUCGACGUCUAGCUGAGUCAUCAUCCAGUCACGGCAAUGAUUCGGUGCGAAGGCAGAACGAAAUUGUGGAGCGACGUACUAAUGCGGGGUUUGGGUUGGACGAGUUAAUCGAGAACUUAGCGGUGGAGAAGCUGGUGGAGUAUGUGGCGGCGCUUAAGGAGUUGAGAGAGAAAGCAGCUUUUAGAUUGGAGGAGCUUAGCAUCAAAGAUUCUUCUUCUUUAUGGCCAUUCGUUGCUGAUCGAGAAGUGAAUAAGGAUGGAUUUGUAAACAAUUUCAUGGCUGAAGUAAAAGAUUAUAAUUAGGGUUUUAAGUCUAGAAUUGAAUAAUAUUUAUACAAGGAUUAAAUUGCAAAGUAAUG